UUUAUGUUUUGCUUAUCACCCUCCUCCCUCCUGCCUCAUCUCUCCUUCCUCUUCUUUCCUUUCCUCAAUUUCUUCUGAUUGAUUCCCUUGACUACACAGCAAACGAAAACCAACAGACAAGCAAGCUACCGAUAUACUCACGAACCAACCAAGAUGAUCAAACCAACCAAACUCACCUCAAAUCUCAUCCUCAACUCCCGCCAAAACAUCAAACUACCCUCCAUCCUCAACCUACACCAUCAAACACCAGCAUCACCAUCACCAUCACCAACUUCUGCCUCAGCCUCCUCUUCAUACUCCCACCGAUCAAUCUCAUCCACAAACUCAAAAUCAAAUCUGCCUCGUCCAAACCCUGCACCCGCAUUCCAACAGAAACCAUCAACCCUCACCACUCCAACUCCCACCCCUCAACCUCUCAACCAACAAACCUCUAUCAUCAAUGGAGAGGUCAUGGAUCACAGCUUCAUAGGGAUGAGUGGGGGGCAAAUUUUCCAUGAAAUGAUGCUGCGACAUAAUGUUAAACACGUCUUUGGAUACCCUGGUGGCGCCAUUCUCCCGGUCUUUGACGCCAUCCACAACUCCAAACAUUUUGAUUUUAUUCUACCACGUCACGAGCAAGGAGCAGGACAUAUGGCCGAAGGGUAUGCACGAGUAUCAGGGAAGCCAGGUGUGGUCUUGGUAACCUCAGGACCGGGGGCCACAAAUACGAUCACCCCACUGCAGGAUGCCUAUAGUGACGGGACGCCGUUGAUCGUGUUCACCGGACAAGUGGCAACGAGUGCGAUCGGGAGCGAUGCGUUCCAGGAAGCCGAUGUGAUCGGGAUUAGCCGCAGCUGUACCAAAUGGAAUGUGAUGGUCAAGGAUGUCACCGAUCUCCCUCGCCGGAUCAACGAGGCCUUCAAGAUCGCCACCUCCGGUCGUCCCGGCCCGGUCUUGGUCGACCUCCCCAAGGAUAUGACCGCCGGCAUCCUUCGAACACCCAUCCCACUCAAAUACACCCAGCCGGACCUCAUCGAGCGCGUCCUGCCUUCCAAUCCCCUCCGAUCUCGUCCUUGGUCCUCCUCUCCUGAUCAAACUCCCAACUCGAAAUCAUCCUCAUUCGAAACACGCGAGCUACGCCAAGCCGCUCAAAUGAUCCUCAACGCCAAGCGCCCGGUCAUCUACGCCGGCCAGGGCAUCUUAUCCUCUGACGAUGGCCCAAAACUCCUCAGACAACUUGCCGAUCAAUGGAACAUCCCCGUCACCACUACCCUCAUGGGAAUGGGCGCAUUCGACGAGGAGGACCCCAAGAGUUUACACAUGCUUGGUAUGCAUGGCUCGGCCUAUGCUAACUUGGCUAUGCAAGACGCCGAUGUCUUGAUCGCUCUUGGAGCUCGGUUCGAUGACCGUGUGACCGGAAAAGUCAACACCUUUGCACCACAUGCCCUGGCCGCCGCCCAGCAGGGAACAGGAGGGAUCAUCCACUUCGAGAUCCAGCCGAAGAACAUCAACAAAGUAGUCGAAGCAACGUGUUCGGUUGAAGGGGAUGUGAUCCAGAGCUUGACUCACCUCCUGAACAUUCUACCGGCGAGGUCGAGUCCACCUGAGCGGAGGGAGUGGCUUGAGACGAUCCAAGGAUGGAAGGAGAAGUACCCAUUCGUGUACGAGCCGUCGGAGAGCAGUGAAGCGAUCAAGCCGCAGGAGGUGAUCGAGGCGCUCAAUGACUGGUCCAAGGCCGUCCCAGGGCGGAAGGACAAGCUGGUGAUUUCCACCGGGGUUGGGCAACAUCAGAUGUGGGCCGCCCAACACUACCGUUGGACCGCCCCUCGCUCGAUCGUCACCUCCGGGGGACUCGGAACGAUGGGAUACGGCCUGCCCGCCGCUAUUGGAGCUAAGGUCGCUCGUCCUGAUCAGUUCGUCGUCGAUAUCGAUGGCGACGCUUCUUUCUCUAUGACCGCUAUGGAACUCGCAACCGCUCAUGAAUUCAAUAUUGGCGUCAAAGUUAUCGUCUUGGAUAACGAAUUUCAAGGUAUGGUCCUUCAAUGGCAAGAUCUGUUCUACGAAUCAAGAUAUUCUGGGACUAGGAUGACGAAUCCGGAUUUCGCUCAAUUGGCCAAGGCGAUGAGAUGUCAUGCGAUUUACUGUGACCAGAAGGACGACUUGAAGGCCAAGAUUGACGAGUUGAUGGCUUUUGAUAACUCCAGACCGGUCUUGCUUCAUGUCAAAGUCACCGAUAAGGAACAUUGCUUCCCUAUGGUUCCGGCUGGAAAAGCCUUACAUGAACAAAUCUUACAUCCAAUCCUCAGGAAGAAGACUCCUUGAAGAUUUCCUAUUUUUUUAGUCCUCAACUCAAACUGAAUUCAAAUUAAAGAAACAACACCUUUCUUUCUUCCAUUCAUUCUUUGUCAUUUUUUCAUUCAUUUUUUUCAUUUUUUCUUUUUCAUUGCUAUGUUGUUCAUUUAUUCAUGGCACAUCAUCCAUCAUCUCCUUUGGGGAGUUGAUAAUGAUCACCAUGGGUAAUAUGAUUCAGCAUGAAGGAUGUGUGUUUUAGAACAGUUCUUUUUCCCCUCCCUUUUUCUUUUUUCUUUCUUUCUUUGUUUGUUUGGUCAUUAGAUGGUGGGGAUACAGAGAGAGUGUGUGUGUGUGUGUGUGAGUGUAACCACAACAUGAUUCUCUUCAAGUUUUAGCUCAUGGGAAAUACAUCAGUUCGAUACAUUUUGUCAAGCAACUUCAAUCCUAGAUCCUUCAGAACCUCCACAACUUCUCUCAACUUGUGGUCAUUUGUGAAGAUAAGUUUGAGUAGACCAAGG